AUGGCUAUCACGUUUUCCUCCCACCCCGCCAUUGCCUAUCCCACUCACCCACUGUUGCCAUCUCCCUCCCACCCCGCCGUCACCUCUCUCCCCCACCCCGCCAUCGCCUCUCCCUCCGCUGUCGCCUCUCCCUCCGCCGUCGCCUCUCCCUCCGCCGUCGCCUCUCCCUCCGCCGUCGCCUCUCCCUCCGCCGUCGACUCUUCCUCCGCCGUCGCCUCUCCCUCCGCCGUCGCCUCUCCCUCCGCCGUCGCCUCUCCCUCCGCCGUCGCCUCUCCCUCCGCCGUCGCCUCUCCCUCCCCCGUCGCCUCGCCCUCCCCAUCGUCGCCUCCCUCCCUCCCCGUCGUCGCCUUCCCUUCCCUUCCCGCCGUCGCCUCUGGCGACAGGCGCACGAGUGGAGCGCGGGUUGAGGAGAGACGGAGCGCGAGGGAGAGCGUGUGCACGGGAGCGAGCACGUUGCGCGUGAGAGUGCACGUGAGGGAGCGCGUGAGCGAGCGCUUGAGAGAGCGCGUGAGAGAGCGCGUGAGAGAGCGCGUGAGAGAGCGCGUGAGAGAGCUAGUGAGAGUGCGUAUGAGAGUGCGCGUGGGAGUGCGCGUGAGAGUGCGCGUGAGAGUGCGCGUGAGAGUGCGCGUGAGGGAGGGCGUGAGAGCGAGUGAGAGAGUGAGUGAGAGUGCGUGUUAG